GUAAUUGUGAAAACAAGAACAGAGUAUCAGCCUGACCAGAAGAACAAAGGAAAACUCAGAGUGCCCAAAAUUGCUGAAUUCACAGUCAGUUUCACUGAUGGUGUAACAGAAAGACUAAAGGUCACUAUUCUCAUAAGUCUGGCUCUUGCAUUCCUUGCCUGCAUAGUGUUUCUUGUGGUAUACAAAGCCUUCACUUAUGACCACAGUUGCCCAGAUGGAUUUGUUUAUAAGCACAAGCGGUGCAUCCCGGCCUCCCUGGACGCCUACUACUCUGCACAGGAUUCCAACUCCCGGGGCAGGUUCUACACUGUCAUCAGCCACUACAGCAUGGCCAAGCAGACCAGCUCCCGGGCCGUGUCGCCCUGGCUGUCGUCAGGGUCAGUAAACCACGAAGCCAAGGCUGCCAAGACUGAAGGUCAUUAAAGUUGACAAGGGGUGGUGGGCAAAGUGGGAGGGUGGGGGGACAACACCGUGUCUAUACUGCAUUGCUCUAGCUGAGGGUGCUGUGCUGACAGCACGGCGGGAAUAAGUAAAGCCCAAGUGCAGGAGUCAUCUUAAUGGAUAUUUCUUUUCGUGCAUUGUUCUCGUUGAUUUGUAACUGAGUUGAGCUCUUGUACAAAGGCAUGUUUGAUGUUGACUGUACCUUACAAUGUAAAAAUAUUUUUAAAUCAUUGCUUAACUAUUUGUUAGAAAAAGAAAUUAAAAAACAAAAAAAGCAAAUUAGAUAAACAGCCAGAGAGGAUAAAAGCAGCAAAGAGAAUCCUGCGAAGCUUUAUCGUUGCUGGAAGGCUGUGACAGAGGCUUAACGUGCAGUGAAGGAACAGCUGAAAUCCUUUUGAGAGAGGGGGCAGAAAGAACCUGGUACAAAGACACUGUGAUGUUGUUUAGCUUGCCAAAGGGGGGAUAUUUUGCUGUCAGAUUGAAUCUAGCAUCAGUGCUCAUUUGCUGAUAAAUAACAAGCAUCCCCUC